AUGCGUCAACAGGAAAAAUUCAAGUCCAGGGAUGUGUACAGAGAGCUCCAGGUUUCUGUGGAAGAUGUGCAAUGGAAGAGUCUUUUCUUUAAGAACCUAGCAAGGCUUAAAGCGAAAUUUAUUAUGUGGGUGGCUUGCCACAAUCGCCUAGCCACAAAGGAGAGGCUGCACAGGUUUGGACUCUUAAACUCAAUAUGCUGUUGUUUCUGUAAUGCUACUGAAACUUUAACUCAUCUGAUGUUUGAGUGUGUGAAGACUAGAGUUAUUUGGAAAUAUGUACUGGAUUGGCUACAAAUCAACCAUACUCCGAGAGGCUGGAAUGAGGAAAUGCGAUGGAUGUUAGACAGAAGUAAAGGGAAGGGCUCUAAACUAGCCAUUUUAAAAUGUGCUUUUACAGAGAUUGUCUAUGAGACCUGA